AUGCAACCCAUGAUGAAGCGCUCAACUAGUGGUGGUGUACUGAAAACGAGCCGAAUACAGCUCGAAAAUGAAAAGAGUCGAACGAUUUGUGCUUCCUUUAGCUCUGAACAAAUGAUAACUCGCCGAAGGGCUGCAGCAGGACAUCGUGCGCUAGAGCUCCCAGAGCUCAAUCCACGCAAAGUUGUCGUGAGUGAGCAACAAACGCGAGCAGACAUGAAGAACAAUAAGACCGGUUAG